UACAGUUUCAAUACAAUGGCUAGCAGGUUAACUUGGAGUUUUCUAUUCGCAUUUGCUGCCCUGCAGUCAUCGCUCGCAGCUCCUCCGGUGAACAGAUGGCAGUUGCAAUAUGAAGUGACCACUGAGCUUUUUCAAGUGGUAACAAGUACUUUGGAAGAGUUAAGAAAUGUCCUUCAAGUGAUAAUAGAUGAAGCUGAACUUAUUUUGCCGCCGGAAUCAGAAAGUCUCAUUCUCAGGGAGCUCAAGGAAUUUGUUACGGUCUUGGAUUCCAUAGAUUUUGAUGAUUCACUGGAGCUAGACAUCCUGGAAAAUGCUCUCGAGGAAAUCGAAAGCAUUGUGGAAAUUGCAGACAGCAAAGAAUUCGAAUCGGAAGCCGAUGAAGUUGUCAUUCAGUUAUUUAUACAACACGGAGUCGAGGACUUGGAAAGAAAGCUGGAAAAUUUGGAUUCUACCUUGAAAAUAAUCGAGAAAAAGGUGGAAAAUUAUAUGAGCACAUGGUCUGAUAGUCGAUUGGCCAGAAAUUCUGAUUUAGUUAAGCAGUUUAACGACUUUAAGAACGAGAAGGAUGUCUAUGAGAAGUUAGAUAAGUUGGCAAAUUCUGAUUUUAUUUAAAUAUAAAUAGUUUUAUCCUAAAUAUAUACAUGAAAAUGUGGA